GCCAGAGAGCCUAAAAUGUCGACCGGUGGCACUAUACACAAUUAUUAUGUUGAUUCGUUGAUAGGACAGGAGACAGAGGACUUAUACGCGGCUAGAUAUGCUCAAGGAGCUCACAGCACAGCCUCAAGGCCAUCAGGUGUAGCAGACAGUUCAGAUUUCUCUUCCUGCAGUUUUACCCCCAAGUCAACAGCAUUUUCAAAUCCCUGGUCUCCCGUCCAUCCUCAGUCCUCUGCCGCCGUUGCAGGAAUCUAUCAUCCUUACAUGCAUCAAUCGCAUCUUGCAGCUGGAGACAGCAGAUACGUGCGCUCAUGGUUAGAACCACUUUCCAGUUCAGUCUCUUUCCCCGGAUUCCAUCCCAACGGCCGGCAUUACGGGAUCAAGCCAGAAACUUUGUCAACCAAGAGGACUGAGAGCUCUUCCUUUGAGCUGCAAACCCUCAGCCUGCCAGAAUUCACUUGCGGCUCCUACUCAGAGUGUAGGGAGAAGCUUCCCAAAGAGCUUGGCUGCGCUAGCUCCGAGAUUACGAGCAACAGUGAGCACAAGGAGGAGAAACAACAGCAACUUGACCCAAAUCACCCCGCAAUAAAUUGGAUCCAUGCUCGCUCUACCAGGAAGAAACGCUGCCCUUAUACCAAGUACCAGACGCUUGAAUUAGAAAAGGAGUUUUUAUUUAAUAUGUAUCUCACCAGAGACCGGCGUUACGAAGUUGCUAGAAUUUUAAAUCUUACCGAGCGACAGGUAAAGAUUUGGUUUCAAAACAGAAGAAUGAAAAUGAAAAAGAUGAACAAAGUGAAAAAUAACGAAGAACCAUGAGUGAACAUCCGUAUCUAAGCGAUAGAUCUGAAAAUCCUACAAACAGACUGUGUAAAAAGUGUAUUGUCUAUCUAGUGGUGCCUAUUCAAAGCACGGUCUAUGUUUCCCAGUGUUGUACAGCUCCGGAGCAAUCCUGUGUUUAAAUAACUGACAUUUGUGUAGAGACUCCCUGAUUUGCUGCUAUUUGGUUACAUUAAACGGAAUUUAAUCUGAU